AUUGCGGAAAACAUAACUACAGAUCAAACCUUGGGCGGGUAAGUUCCCCUUUAAUUUGAUUGCUGAUGUAGAACAACGGAGUGAAGAAAUCAACUCUAAGCCGACCAGAGGUACAGGAAUGUGUGUUGAUGGCGAUUACCAAAUUGAAUUCACUUGUCAAUUCUAGUAACAAAGUUGCAAAUGAAUGGCAAGAAUUUCAACACGAGAACUUUAUAGAUUUAGAUCUCUACUACCCUCCACCAAACCUUACAACUUCUCUUCAUUGUCUUCUUCUGCUUCUUCUUCUGUUUAUAGUGGAGAUGGAACGAUUUCCCUCUUUAAAGCGUGUCAAAACAUAAAACAUCUCUUUCAAAUCCAAGCUCAUUUGAUCACCUCUGGUCUUUUCUUCAAGAACCCAUUUUGGACAAUCAGGGUUCUAAAACGUUCUUCGGAUUUUGGAAAUAUAGAUUACACUAUCUGGGUUUUUAAAUGCAUCGACAAUCCUGAUACUUUUUGUGUUAAUGCUGUUAUUAAAGCAUAUUCGAAUAGUAUUUUUCCCGACCAAGCUGUGAGUUUUUAUUUUAAUAUGAUAAAAAAUGGGUUUUUGCCUAAUAGUUACAGCUUUGUUCCUCUUUUGGGCUCUUGUUCGAAGAUUGAUUGUAUUGAAGGAGGGAAAAUGUGUCAUGGGUUGGCUGUGAAAAAUGGGGUUGAUUUUGUAUUACAAGUGCGGAACUGUUUAAUUCAUAUGUAUGGUUGUUUUGGAGUGAUCGAUUAUGCUGCGAAGGUUUUCACUGAAAUGUCUGAGAGGGACUUGAUUUCCUGGAAUUCAAUGGUCGAUGGGUGUGUGAGAGCGGGAAAUUUGCAGGCUGCACAUCAACUGUUUGAUGUAAUGACUGAGAGAAAUGUAGUUUCUUGGAAUAUCAUGAUUAAUGGUUAUUUAAAGAGCGGAAACCCUGGCUGCUCGUUGAAGUUGUUUAGAGAAAUGGUUAAGACUGGGUUUCAAGGAAGCUAUACGACAAUGGUCAGUGUACUUACAGCUUGUGGUAAGUCUGCAAGAUUGAAGGAAGGAAGUUCGGUUCAUGGGUUUAUCAUAAGGACGUCAGAAAAAUCUAAUGUAAUUCUCAAUACAUCGCUGAUAGAUAUGUAUAGUAAAUGCGGUAAGGUAGAGCUAGCGCAAAGAGUGUUCUAUAACAUGGAAAUUAGGAAUUUAGUUUGCUGGAAUGCAAUGAUUUUAGGGCAUUGUAUUCAUGGAAAACCAGAGGCUGGACUUAAAUUAUUUACAGACUUGGUGGAUCAGACCAGAGCAGAUGGAAAGAGCAUUUCUCCAGACGAAAUUACUUUCAUCGGUGUUCUGUGUGCUUGUGCACGAGCAAAGUUAUUGACAGAAGGAAUAGGUUACUUCAAUCAGAUGAUUGAUUUGUAUAAGAUCAAGCCAAAUUUUGCGCAUUAUUGGUGCCUGGCUAACCUUUACUCUGGUGCAGGGUUUAUAGAAAAGGCUGAGGAACUCUUAGGAAAGAUGCCUGAAGACAUGGAAUUGCCGUCAGAAUCAUUGGUGUGGGUCAACAUACUCAGCUCAUGUCGUUUCCAAGGAGAUGUCGCUUUAGGGGAAAGAAUAGCAAAGUCUUUGAUAGACAUGGAUCCACACGAUUUCUCUUACUAUCGGUUGCUACUGAAUGUCUAUGAUGUUGCAGGUCGGAGGGAGGAUGUUGCUAUGGUAAAAGAGCAAAUAAAAGAAAGAAAAUUCGGAAAAAUGCCUGGUUGUGGUCUUGUGGACUUGAAAGAAAUUGUUCAUGAGUUAAAAUUGUGAUGUCCAAGGGAGAGGGAAAGGAAGGGAAGCUCAACAUAUGCGUAAAUCAAGCUCAGCGACUGAUAUUUCUGAGCAGCAUGAAAGAGAUGGGAAGUAAGCAUCAAAACCGCUUUUGGUGAGGAUAUAGGAUACAGUACUGAACACUCUCCCUGUUGUAUCGACACAAUUCAUUGCAGAGUGAAUUCUAGUUAGAGUGAUUACGCAGAAGAACACCAGUAUCUUCUGAAAGUUCAGGAUGAGAUUUACAAUUUUGAUAGAAGUCAUUCUGGUUUUUGGGCAUGAUGGUAUCUAAUUCCAAACCUUUUUUUCUGCUAAUUUCAUAUUCUUGUGGAUUAAAUUUAUUCUUAAUUUGAUAAUAAAUUCUCUCCUCUUUGAUAUGGACAUUGAAACCAUGCCAUUUUGUCAAUGUAGUUAUAGCCAUUGAUGGCAGUAAAACUUUAGGUUUUUGAGGCAUUUCAUAAGCUUCAUUAUCAAAUAUGCUACUUAUGUAACAUUGCAGCUAUUGAGGAGAUGAAUUGCGGAUUCCAAGCAGAGUCAAUUCUAUAAAGCCAUUUUUUACUAAAGCAUUGAUGAUAGAACAGGGGAUCUUAUGUCUACAGACUGGAGAAUUUAGACCUGGGUAAAUGGGCCCGGACUGAACCCGGACCGGGCCUCUGAGGCUUGGUACUUUUGGACGCCCAAGCUCUGACAGACCAGGCCCUGGUCCCAGGCCAGGAGCAUGCAAUUGGGCCCAUUUAUUUUUCCAUAUAAUUAGUUUAAUUUAUAUCAAACUGGACAUGUUCAUAGUGGUGCAAUGGUGGUUAAUUGUUCUAAUGAAAUCCUUGAAGGAAGCUGGCUGUUUCCAAACUCGACCAGAGCUUCUGGGCUUUAUUGGGUCAUCCUCAACAUUAAUCUCAAUGUUGGCAGCUUCCUAGUGCUUCUUGCAGUAUUCUGAUGACAGUUGGUACCAGUAUGCCACCAUCAGUGCAGUCAUCUUCGAUCACAUGUUUGAUCAUUUGAGACUCGAUAAUGACAGCUUCAUAAACCCAAAAAGCUUGUCAUUAGAGCUCUUGAUGAUGAUCUUCCAUGGUGACGAUGACCCGGAGAGGCUUUGUUCAAAUUCCUUGAGUUUUUUGGGUUUCAAAAGAGAUCAGAACCGUGGCAAGAAAUGGCCAGCUCUGCUGGUUUUACAAUGAGAACUAAUUCUGUCUGACAAUGAAGCUGAUGAAGAAUUUGUAUAUGUUCAGCUUGGAAAAAACAUCCACAUGCAGUAAUCUCCCAACUGGUAUGCACACAGCAAAUAUGUUAAAACUAAACUAGCUGACUUACCCUUGUUCGAUUUACUCAAUCACAUAAUGACAUAUCAUUAUUAAUACACAAAAUGAUACUCAUGUGCACAUAGAAUCAGAGUCUAUGAAAAAAUGGGCUUUGAUGUUUCAAGUCAAUUUGGUUAGUCUGACAAGAGUACAGAAAUCCAAGUGAUUAACUCAAAACACUAUACCUUGAAAAAAUUAGUCUAUAAUACACCAUACAUGUGUGAAAUCUGGAUAUUACUUUACAUAGAGGUGAAUUCAUGGUGCAGAAGCAUUCUCAAUACAAAUUUUAUAUGACAGUGGCAACCAGCCGUUGCCUCUAUUGAAGAUUGGAAGUUGAUGAAUCUCCAAGCAGCAGCUAAAUGAGCUUUCUUUUGGUCAUUACGAUUCCAUGUAUUGUGCGGGUGGAGGGCUUGUUUUUGUCUUCUCAGGACC